GUGUGACCUAUUGAUCAAUAAAGUGAAUUGAGAAUCUGAGGUCACAGGUUUAUUUUCUAGCACAAACUAAAAAACACUGGUGAUUCUUCCUAUUUGUCCUAGUCUUGAUGGACAGAGUUACCUGAUAUCCCGUAAAUCAGUCGUGGUGAGUAAAAGAUGGUCCGGACGUCAAAGUUAUAAAAAAGUAUGAGAUUUGCGUGUAGGGUAAAUGAGCUGUGUGUGUAAAUAUUUUUUAGAUUGGCGGUGCAUACAAUUUUAACGUAAGUGGUCAACCAUAUUUCAUGCUCAACUGAAAUCCAGCCAUGAAAAAAAAUGUAAAAGACAAUUCUUUCCCUAAGACUUCUCUUGACCACAACAUUCCCAUUCUUUCUUUCUUCUUCUCAUCAUUCUUUCCUUUUUCUAAUAUCAAGUUGAUCCACUUUCUUUCUCCACCUAUUGACCUGCCACCCCACCAUUAUUCUGGUGAGAGGAAGCAGGUUCUUUCUCCAAUCAACCAUGGCUUUGCCAUGGAUUCUUCUCCUCUUGUUUUCAUCGCUUGCCUCCAUUCCAUUCACCCAAUCAGCCCUCAAAUUGGACUACUAUGCCAAGACAUGUCCUAAAUUUGAUCAGAUAGUUUCCGAGAUUGUCCAUCAAAAACAAAAAGACUUCACCGUCACCGCUGCUGCUACCCUACGCGUCUUCUUCCACGACUGUGCUGUGGAUGGUUGUGAUGCCUCCGUCCUCAUCAAGCCAAAUUCCUUCAACAAACCCGAGCUUGAACACGACAUCAACCACUCCCUUGCGGGUGAUGCGUUCGAUCUUGUUUCACGUAUCAAGACCGCCCUCGAGCUCUCCUGCCCUGGUAUUGUAUCUUGUGCAGACAUCCUUGCCUCAGCCACGAGGAAUCUCAUCGUCAUGAUCGGUGGCCCCAACUAUAAAGUCCCUCUAGGUCGAAAGGACGGUCUUGUUUCCCAAGCUACAAGUGUAGAAGGGAAACUAUCACGUGCAAAUGAGACAAUGGAUCAAAUGAUACAAAAGAUGCAAGGUCUAGGCAUCAACGUCCAAGAAAUGGUUGCAUUAGUUGGAGGUGGACAUAGUAUUGGAUUUGGGCAUUGCAAGGAGUUUGCUAAUCGUAUUUUUGGCAAACCCGAUCCAACGAUGAACCCAAAAUUAGCAGAGAGACUCAGAGGAAUGUGCGCGAAUUACACCAGUAACACGGACAUGUCAGCGUUUCUUGAUGUGAUAACCCCUGGCACAUUUGACAACAUGUUGUUCAAGAAUUUGAUGAAGGGUUUAGGAGUUCUUGGUUCUGAUCAAUUGCUCUUGAGUGAUCCAAGAACAAGGCCAUUUGUUGAGAAAUAUGCAAAUGAUAGCGUGGCUUUCUCUGCUGAUUUUGCUCGUGCCAUGGAGAAACUUAACGUUUAUCAGGUUAAAACUGACAAUCAAGGAGAAGUGAGAAGGAGAUGCGAUGCAGUUAACAAUGCUCCGCACAUGAAAAAUUAGAGCCAAGGAGAAAUAAAGUGUUAUGAGUUCUUAAUUGUAACGAUAAUGUGCAUAUGUUUGUGUUUACGAUAUUUUUCUUUAAACAUAAAUGAAUAUGAAAGAUCAUCUUAUUGGUCCUAAUUUGAUAUGGCAUUAUGGAAAUUUUGCAGGAUCAAUGAAUAAGGGGGUCAUAUAUGGUCCGCUGUUUUGUUGAGAUUAUAAACAAAUCAUGACAAUUAACAAAGUAAAUUAAAAAUCAUUUAAGAAAUGCUUUAUUAAAAUUUACCUUUGGAGCCAGUUCGGUGGUGACCGAGUUGAUUAAGGAAUUUUCCAAAUGGGGUCCCUAGGUUUGAUGAUAUCACUUGCAUGUGUUUUUUCGGUCGAUUUCAUCGCACGGAAUUUGUGUGGUGCGAUUUAUUAGUUUAUCGGCUAUUACACUAGAAUGAAGUUUACCCAAAAGCACCCGAAAGGUAGUGGCUGUUCCCUUGUUGCCAAAAAAAAAAAGUUCACUUUUGG